GAAUGUCUGUUGUAGACUGCAUCCGCCAACGCACAGAUACAGUAUUAGACUGGAUAUUGUUUACCUCAGUGCGUUUUUAGUUGUGUUAUUACGCACUUUUUUAGUUUUUCAUGUGGUGUCGGAGGUUGUACGCUAUCCAUAAAGAGUCUUCCUUGCAGUGCUUUGCCGACAUAUAACGUUAACGUUAAGUUAAACGAGCGGAAUAGUGUCCGCCAUACAAUCGUGCAGCUGCUCGCUUUUUCCUAUGUAAGUGUCUUCAGAAUUCAAAUAUACUUCAUUACAGCAGCAAGUUGGGGAACUUGACAUAAAGCCAUGAGUAGCAGAAAAGAUGAUGAUAACCUCCUGAAAAUGACAAAGGAUGACCUGCAGCGCUGGAUCCAGGCAGAGGUGGACCGAAACCCUCAUCUGAUGCAGAGACGUGAACAACUUUCGCAGGUGGAAGACUGGGUGAAGCAGAAGGAGAGGGAAGCCACUUACACCCGCCUUCUGUACAGCAAUGCCUGCGAGUCGGUCCUUGAGUGCGAGUCAGUGAUGAAGGGUCUUUAUGGAAUGCUGGGAUUGGAAUACCGAGAUGAAGAUUCGGAGGAGGAGGAAGGAGAAGGAGGAGAACCACAGGACGUCAUUCAUAUUACAGAUGACGAGGAGGAUAAGCAGGAAAAUAGUUUGUUAAAUGGAGAUGAUGAUGAUAUUGUUGUCAUUGAUCUGGGAGCCACCCAAGAAACGUUGGAACCAAUGCUUGAAAAGGUGACUGUGGCCAUUCAGAAGUCAUCCAGACUCGUUCAGGAUUUAGUCCAGAUGGUGAACAAAACUUCCACCACGAGUGCUGCAUCACCGUUAUCAACUUCUGACAUCCCUAACAGACCCUCGUCAGCCUCGACCCCUGAGACCAGGCUUUCUGAAUCUCUCACACCAAAGCUGCCUGAAAACCCUUUUUCAAUAGUUAAGACCGAAUCUCUACUGAGAGUAACUGAAAUGUCCUCACUUCUCAGCUGUUCAGAACAAUACAAACCUAUUGCUGGUUAUAACUCCGAUUCUAAACCAACAGUUAAGACUGAACCACAACCGACAGCAUUAACCCCCUGGGAAAUGAGCAUUUCAAAACAACAUGAAACUUCUGCUACUCUUAACUCUCCAUCCUUAAAAUUAAUAAAGACUGAACCUGAGCUGACAGCAGUGAGUCCUUCAGAAACCUUUGCCAGUCCUCAUUUCGAAUCCAUAGCAGCAAUAAAGACUGAGCCUCAAUUGACGGUAGUAAAGUCAGAAAAGUCUUCGCCUCUAAGCACUUCAAAACCUUUCAAAUUUGCAUCCAUUGCAUCAAUUAAAAAUGAACCUCAGCUGAGAGCAUUAACUCCUGAAAUUUCUUUGCUUGAAAGUGAUUCAGAAAAGUCAAGCAGCCUUCAUUCAGAUCACGAAGCAACAAGUAGCACUAAACGUACAGCAGUGACUUCUCCUGAAAUCCUGAAAACUAGUGGCUCCCGUAAUUCAGCAUCAGUAGCAUCAGAGAAGACUGAUCCUCAAGUGUCACCAGUGAUGCCUUCAGAAAUGUCUUCACCUUCUAGCAGUUCAGGACAAAUGGAAACUGCUGCCAGUGAACAAACAGCAAACAUAGAAACAAGCCAGACCGAGCCAGAGUCGACCACAGAGACUCCUGAAUAUGCAUCAUUGCUGAACAAUUCUGAAGAAGCUGAAACGAAUGCCUUCCAGGAUUCCACAGAUGAGACCGAACAGCCAAAGACAGGGAGCAAAUAUGACAAACCCCCAAAGACUAGGCUGAGAUCUUCAAAAAACUCUGCGCCUGUCAGCAGCACUUCCAGCCCGCAAACCGAAACAACAGGAGUGCAGUCAACCGCAGAUUUGAAUGAUGAACCCUCUGACACAGAGUACUUCUCUGCUAGUCCUGCUGACAGUGAUUAUGAACCCCCUGAGUCAGAGUCUUCGUCAGACAGUGAUUAUGAACCCCCUAAACCACAUUCAAAGUCAUCGAGAGACCGUGGUUUUGAACCUCCUAAGUCAAGAUCAGAGUCAUCAAGAGACAGUGAUUUUGGACCCCCUAAAUCAAAAUCAGAGUCAUCGAGAGACAGUGAUUUUGAACCCCUUAAAUCAAAGUCAGACUCAUUGAGAGACAGUGAUUUUGAACCCCCUAAAUCACCAUCAGUGUCAUCCGAUGAUAAUACUGAUGAUGGCAGCAGCAGUGAUGCUUCUGCAGAACCUUCCACUCCUACCGGAAGUUCAAAGUCUUCAUCCAGUAAGUCCUCCAAGCAACAAGAACAUAAAGAGAUAAAACUUAAAGUUGGCAUGGCGGUUUUGGGGAAAAGGCAACACAACUUGUGGCGUAAAGGAACAGUACAAGAAGUCCAAACAGAAGAGGAUGGCCUCAGAUAUAAGGUGGAGUUUAAAAGUGGUAAAGAGAUGGUGCUGCCUGCUUAUCAUGUGGCCUCUCUGCAGCCUCCCAUACUUAAGGAUUUGUUUAUUGGCUGUCGUGUUGUGGCCAGCAGCAAAGAUGAUGAAGGAAAGGCCUCGUAUAAUGCUGCCGUACUGGUUGAGCUUCCUGAGCGCAAGAAUCGCAUGAGGUUCUUGGUGUUUUUUGAUGAUGGUCACGCAGCUUAUCUGGCACUUCCAGAACUUCAUCUUGUCUGCAAACAAUUGAAAAAGGUGUGGAAGGACAUUGAGAAUGAGAAAUUGCAGUUACAGGUGAAAGAAUAUCUUCGUGUCUAUCCCAACCCCAUUGCUGUGGUGCUUCGAGCGGGGCAAGACACCAGGGCGAUACGGAAUGGCAAGUUUGAGUCCUGCACGGUGCUCCAAUUAGACGGCAGCCUGAUCCAGAUCUGCUUUAAGAAAGACAAGCAGAAAGAAUGGAUUUAUAAAGGCUCAGACAAGUUGGAACACAUUGUAAAUAUCAAGCAACGUCUGGCUAAAGAUAAACCACCGAAAAAACCUUCACAGAAAACACAACAUAAACCACAACAACCGUCUCAACAGAAAACACAGCAACAACAACCUCAACAGAAACCACAACAGCCGUCUCAACAGAAAACACAGCAACAACAGCCUCAACAGAAACCACAACAGCCGUCUCAACAGAAAACACAGCAACAACAGCCUCAACAGAAACCACAACAGCCUACUAUAACAGCAGGAAAUGCCAAGCCUCAGCUCAACACAACUCAGUCCUCGACAGCAGUUCCUUCAGCGACUGUCACUUCAACAGCUGUAACUCCUGUGCGGGUCACAGUCACCAAAACUUCAUCUAUUAGCCCUCAAAAGAUCAUGUCGGCUGCUUUCCAGCCAAAGGUCAUCCUUGAGAAGUUGACAAUGCUUUCACCUAUCUUACGAACUGUCUCAAAUUUAAGAAGUGCAAAACGACCUGCCCUUGAUGAGGAAGAAGAGUGGGUUUCUGAGGAAAAAUAUUGUGUUUCAAUGCAACACCAAAACAAGUCCAUAUACUUGCAUCAUCGCUGUUGUCCAGCAUGUCUGGAUGGGGUGAGACCGUCUCAAGUCGACAUGCAUCGUGGUCAAAAUCCACUUCUUAUACCAUUGCUUUUUAAGUUUCGGAGAAUGACGGCUAGAAGGCGCAUCGAAGGAAAGGUGUUUUUCCACAUUUUCUAUCGUUCUCCUUGUGGGCGGAGCCUGUGCGACAUGCAGGAAGUGCAGGAAUACUUGUUAGAAACACGUUGUGACUUCCUUUUCCUGGAAAUGUUCUGUAUGGACCCGUUUGUUCUUGUGAAUCGCGCCCGACCUCCUUCCACAUCAACCGGCAAACCUCACCUCUACCUGCCGGACAUAUCAGAGGGCAGAGAGGUGCUGCCGGUGCCCUGCAUUAAUGAGGUGGACAAUACGCUUGCUCCUAACAUCAGUUACACCAAAGACAGGGUUCCAGCUCCGGGUUUUUCAAUUAAUACAAGCCCAGAUUUCUUGAUUGGCUGUGACUGCACAGAUGGCUGUCAGGACAGGUCAAAGUGUGCAUGCCAUCAGCUGACCAUCGAGGCUACGUCCCUAUGCAUUGGAGGUCCAGUGGAUGUUAGUGCUGGAUACACACAUAAGAGAUUACCAACCACCUUGCCAACAGGGCUGUAUGAGUGUAACCCUCUGUGCCGUUGUGAUCCGAGAAUGUGCAGCAACAGGCUGGUUCAGCACGGUCUGCAGCUGCGGCUGGAGCUCUUCAUGACACAGCACAAGGGAUGGGGCAUCCGCUGUAAAGAUGAUGUGGCCAAGGGCACUUUCGUGUGUGUUUUCACUGGUAAAAUAGUAAACGAAGACCGAGUGAAUGAAGACGACACAGUGUCUGGGAAUGAAUAUUUGGCCAACCUUGAUUUCAUUGAGGGUGUGGAGAAACUUAAAGAGGAUUAUGAAAGCGAGGCGUACUGCUCGGACACAGAGGUGGAAACCAACAAGAAGACCAUAACAAUGAAAACAGGGCCAUUAUGGAAAAACACUCUCUACAAAGAAGACUCCAGCAGUGGUGAAGAAAGAGAAGAACUUAUGGAGCUGGACACAGAACAAGAGGAGAAAGAAGGUGAGCGAAAACUAUUCUAUAAGCCACAUGAAACAUAUAAAGAUGCUCAGAAGAAAUUGACCAAACAAAUGAGUGGGGAUGUCUAUAAUUUGUCUGUAGGUGAAGAUACCUCAGGUCCAAAGCGUUGCUUUGCUGUAAAGUCAUCCCAGAGAAGAGUAAAAGCUCUAGAAACCUUGGACGCAAAGAAUGAGAAAACGAGGACGGCUGUGACUGGCAAAAACACCCGCAGACUGUUCAACGGCGAGGAGACCUGUUACAUCAUUGACGCGAGACAAGAGGGCAACCUCGGCCGCUUCAUCAACCAUAGCUGCAGUCCGAAUUUGUUUGUUCAAAACGUCUUUGUCGACACACACGACCUGCGGUUUCCAUGGGUGGCAUUCUUCACCAGCAAGCGCAUCAGGGCAGGUACGGAGCUGACAUGGGACUAUAACUAUGAGGUCGGCAGUGUGGAGGGCAAGGUUCUGCUCUGCUGUUGUGGCUCUUUGCGGUGCACAGGAAGGCUGCUCUGAUACACUGCUUAAAGGAAAAACACUAAAACUCUCCUUGAGGUGUUAUCAGUGUAAACCGUUUAUCCAAGCCAUCAGAAACAUAGUUGUGGACAGUCGUAACCCAAUUAAUAUGAAACAUUUAAAAUAUAUUAAAGUUUGUCUCAUUGCUUUUAUUUCUGUUUUGUUUGUUUUUAUUGUUUUUAAUGUCUACAAGAAAUGUGAAGUCACUUAAUAAAUGUAAGUAAAAUUUGCAAUUAUCAAAAAC